AUGGGUACAGUAGAACCUGAAGAUCAAAUCGCAUUCAAAUGGAAUUUUAAACUAAAGAAUGAUGAUCAGGUGUCAAGUAUGCGGUCACUAAUUUUUGUAAUGGUCUCUAAUGUCACGAUGUUUUUACCCAAUGGAAAUUCAAAGCGCCUUUCAGCAGCAUGCAGAGUUAAGAAUGGGCUUGUUGUUUUACUUAAAACAGCGAUCGAUGGUAGCCAUAAAAGGAAUUGUUUAUGCAAAUCUAAAUGCUUGAAAAUUAAUAAAAACCUAAAAACAGAUACAAAACGCAGGAAGUUUGAAGAUCUUAUUUAUUCUAGACACCAAAAGUGGGAGAAUACCAAGAAACCUCAGAGUUUGAAUAUUUUUGAGUUUCAUUUUGUCAAAGGAAAAAAGAUGCAACGCAAUGCACCUUCACCAAGUUUAAAAAGAUAUUUAACAAUAUGUCCUCUUCCGCACAAUUUGUGCUUGAAUUCCACAAAUUUCAUGAAUGAGAAGGAAUUUUUAGUGAUAUGUAUAAAUACAAGAUUUUUAAUAAAGCGCCUACGGAAUCAGCAAAAUUUUGCACUAUUGGGAGCAAAGAUAUAUCAUGUAAUCGACAUAAAAGGCGAAGUUAAAUGGAUGUCAUCGGUAACUUCCUGCACUUUAAAAGAUGAAAAGUUGAAAUCACAUAAAAAGGAAUCUCCAAAAGCAUUGAAAGAGUCAUAUGGCAAUAAAUAUUCAUAUUAUUUGCUAAAAACAAUAAGAGAAACAUAA